CAUAGAUGGUGGUUUGGUAGGCUCUGUGGUCACAAUAUAUCUGAUUCAACCAGAACCACGACACUCCAGCAGUGAUAUGAACCUUGCAGCUUUUGGGAUAUUUUCCAUUGUUGUGGCAUGCCACUUACCGGCCCUGCCCUCCGCAGCCCCAGUCAGGGACAAAAUUCCUACAGAUCAACAAAAACUGACAAAGCGGGAGAAAAUUCAAGAAGAGAACAACAUGAUCUGCCAGAAAAGUAAGAAUUCUACAGACUAUUUCUUUGAACCAGUUCAGGAAGUUUGUCUUUCCUGUAGAGUCUGUGUGGGCAGUAAGGACCAGUACUGUGAAGUAUGCAACAAGCCUACAACCACUGUACCCAGCUUGGUAGAGACCCCCUCUUCCCCAAAUGACUCCUCAGUCACCUUUUGGGAAAGCACUACUAAACACCUGCAGACCCCUGAAACGGAGAGUGCGAAAACAGGUGGAAAGACAACUCCUGAUGAGGCAUCAAGUUCUAACAAAGAAUAUGUGUUGAUUGCGAUACUGUCUUUUUGUUUCCUGUUUGGACCUUUUGUUGUUUUCUGUUUGUUCAAACGAUACAAGGGAGUAGCUAACACACCACCUGCUGUGAUACCACGGACCAUUCCAAGCACCCAAGAGGAAGAAGAGGCGUUCCUACGUGGUAUCAAUGAUACUGAGUCCAGUCUAAGAAAACCCCACCAAGAUACAGAACCUGUGCCAUCAUGUCACCCCAUGCGUCCAAACUCCUUUUCAAGCUCCAGUGAUGAAGAUUCCAUUAGAGAAACCAUGGUGUAGAUCGGUCAGUCAUUAUCAAAGAUUAGAUUGUGUUGUAUUGUAUGUUAUUUUAAAGACUGGAAUUAGCCCUUUACGACUACUACAAAAAUUGUGAGGACUACCUGUUUGGUGAACCAAUUGUAUCGGUCACAACUAUUCACGACAAAAUCGUUUAAUCAGUGACACAAUCCUUCAAUCCUUUCAGCUUGAAUCAAGCAACACAAUCGAUUCAUCAAUCAGUCAAUAAUAAUAACUAGUUCUUAUAUAGCCCAUUAUACAAUAACCAUAUCAAUGUGCUUUACAUUAGUGCCCUGGUCAUUGGGCCAAUACCACUCAAUCUUUCUCAAAUCCCUGGGAGUUUACAGCCCCGGGUCGCAAUACAUCGACCACCGCAGCUACCCAUUUAUAUAUCUUUUAAAGAAAAGCAAAGCAUCUCGCUAAAGGAUACAAGUGCCAUGAUAGGGAAUAAAACCACCUCUGACACUCUGAUAUCUAAACAACCAGAACUUGAAUUCAAUGCUCUAAACCACUAGGCCAUGACACCCUAUAAAUACAACAAUUCAACAGUGCAGACAUUGACCAUUGAUGUCAAUGAUAUAACCAACAAUCGCCCACCAUGUUUCACAUUUCCAACAUUACAUAGAGUGCCAGACACCAAUAUUGUACAUUGGGCGCUGCAUGAUCUUUUAUCUGCAUGUCUGUAAAAUUACCUUUGUCGUGUGGAACACAUUAGCCUACCAGACAGCCGACUGCUGUGGUUAUUGUGGUCAAAAUUUCACAGUUAUAAAAACAAACGACUGCUUGACUGUGACAUUGCGAAAUAAUAAAUCAACACAUAUUAAACCAAAGAAUAGUUCAAUGGCUGGCAGGCAGGGUAACAAGUUUUUAUCUUCCAGUGCAAGUUUUUUUUUUUUUUUUACUUUUUUGUAUUGCGAAAUAUGAACAGAAAGAUACCAGCCCAAACAACUUUGUUUGCGGUAACAAAUUUUUGUUUUCGCUGGGCCUAGCUUUUGGUUGAAAUUCUGAGAACUGCCAUUUUUACUUCUAGUUGUUUUCCUUUUUUUAUUAUCUUCCUUAUAUUUCAAAAAAUCCAGGACAUGUUGUUCCAAGAUUCCUUUUUUUAAAUUUGUUUUUAUAUAUAAGCUUUGAUGAACAAAAUUUCUUCCAGUUUCUUUUUUACUUCUGAUUGUUGGUCCUCAGUGUUGGUUGACAACGAAAAUACGUUUUUCACUUAGUUAGAUAAGCUUAUUUUAACCUGUAGGUUAUUUUAAGUGUAAGUUUUUUUUGUACUUUUUUACUUUUGUAAGUGGUAUAAGGACCCCCAAAAAUAUGUCUAGCACAUCAUAGCAUUACCCAGUGGGGUGUCUAGAUGUCUGUUUUAUCUGUCGUUUACAUGUAAAUGUAUUGUAAGUGUCCAAUUUGCACACCCAGUUUUUUAAUUUCUAGCCUAUUUAAACACCCUACAACAAAUCCUGCACCAGCAAUAAUCAUAAUCAUUGAGGAAGACAGCAAUUAUAAGUACUUCACUAAUUACAUAAAAACACUUACUGUUUCGUUGUCACUAUUAAUGACAGUAAGUCGUUUUUAUAGUACUGUUUUAGUUCAAGUUCAUGGUGAGAUUUAAUAAGGUCAUAACAAUUGUUCGUUGUCCUCACCACUUUAACUCCUAUUGGUUCAUAGCCACUAAUUGUUUCCGAAAUAGAAACUUUAAUUUGCUAUUGUUUGAGCGCUUUUUCUGGAUCCCUUCCCUUAAUCCUUUGCUCCUCUUGUUUCUUUUAAAUGGGUAUGUAUUUGUUUGUAUUUGUAUUUGCUUCUGAAGCAGGUUCGAUUUGUAUCGAGACCAUCUACACUCAUUUAAUAAUGUCAUAUAAUAAUAUAAUAUGAGUGGACAGGAAAAUGUCAUAAUAGAACUUUUAGGGGUAGAUUACACAGCAAGACAGUUUUCUAAAGAACACACUCUACAUGGAAUAGAUACAAACAUGGUGUUACCGCAAACCAUUAUUGACCUCACCAUGCAAUGCCUCAAAUCCUAUUUAAACCCCAAAACACGAGAUCCACCAAAGUUCACUCACCAGUUUGGGGCCUUUUCAUUACACAUGGUUGGUCAACAGAUAUUGUAAUUGUUUUGGUUUCGAUAGAGUAUGAACUUUUUAAUAUGAAUUUUAACUGAAAUUUAUUUCUCUUCAUGAAGAAAAAAUGUUACCUCUAAAAUGACUUAAGUAAACUAGUAAACAUAAUGUUAGAUUGUAUUUUUUAACUAUAAAAUGUCCAAUUAAGAUCUACCUUCUCAGAGAGGGAGAUACAAAACUACCUCUCAACGAGGGAGAAAAUAGAAAAAAGAAAAAAACAACUCAUCGAGGGAGAUAAAGUCUACCCCUAAACGAGGGAGAUAAAAACUACCCUAAAAGAGGGAGGCACAAAGUUUUGUGUGGACACAAAACUACCCCUCAACGAGGGCGAUGUAAAACUACCCCUCAACGAGGGAGAGAAAAAAAAACGAGGGAGUAAAAACAAACAACCUCAGGGAGGGAGAUUAAAAAUUAAAAAAAAAUCUCAAAGAGAGAGAUAUAAAAGAAUUGCCCUCAAACAGGGAGAAACAAAACUACACCUCAACGAGGUAGAUAAAAACAAAUAACCUCAAAGAGGGAGAUAAAAGUAAAAAAAAAUCUCAAAGAGAGAGGUAUAAAAGAAUUGAGAGAGAUAUAGGGAGAAACAAAACUACACCUCAACGAGGGAGAUAAAAACAAAUAACCUCAAAGAGGGAGAUUAAAAAAAAAAAAUCUCGAAGAGAGAGAUAUAAAAAAAUUGCCCUCAAACAGGGAGAAACAAAACUACACCUCAACGAGGGAGAGAAAAAAAAAAAAAAAAAAAAAAAAAAAAAACUCAACGAGGGAGAUAAAAACAAAUAACCUCACAGAGGGAGAUUAAAAAAAAAAAAAUCUCGAAGAGAGAUAUACAAAAAAUUGCCCUCAAACAGGGAGAAACAAAUCUACCCCUCAACGAGGGAGAGAAAAAAAAAAAAAAAAAAAAAAACUCAACGAGGGAGAUAAAAACAAAUAACCUCAAAGAGGGAGAUUAAAAAAAAAAGAAAUCUCGAAGAGAGAGAUAUAAAAGAAUUGCCCUCAAACAGGGAGAAACAAAACUACCCCUCAAAGAGGGAGACAUUAAACUGCCCCUCAAAGAGGGAGCUGUACAAGUAAGUCUCGUAUGGAGUAUCAAAAGUUGUCGAUAUUCCAUAGUCUCUUGUAAAUAAAGAAGAAAAGGGAGUAAAAGAGAAAGAAAAAUAAAAUCCGCGAGGAAAACAAAGAAGAAAGAAAGUAUACUAUACAUGUAGUUUUAUGUAAAAUAUUGUAGCUAUAUUGUUAGUAGUUUUAAAUGUGUAUAUAUGCUGCUGUUGUACAGCUACUAUUCUUUUGUCGCGUCACAGUGGGUUUUGCCAACCUCAUGCGGCCUAAGGCCUUCAUUGCAGAAAAGCCAAACAGUUAUGAUUCAAUAGUGGUUUCAAAUUGCACAUAAACACAAAUAUGGCGUUUACACCACUAACACAAAAUGUUUCAACAUUAAAUUCUUUAGAAGGGGGGGGGGGACAGAGCUGUCACAAGGCAACUGUAUGUAUUAUAAGAUACCCCGCAAAGCACACCAUUCAAAAAGAAAAGUAACUUUAUGCCAGCUUUGUUAUAAAAAAAGUAUUUUAAAAUAGUUUUCGCAUAUCUUAGUGUGUCUUAAAAGCUGCCAAUACUUUUUACUUACGAAAGCUGCUGUACUUCUAACCAAUAUGUUUUAUUGUCGUUAAUUUUAAGAGUAAUUACCAAACGUAUACUUUCCCUUUAACUUCAGCUUGUAUGCUGUGAUUGUUCUUAGUAUAUAGCUUAUAUCAGAUAUUACUUAUUCAAGCUUGUAUAAGCAAUUUGUCAUAGAAUAUACAUCUUGGUCUCUCAACUAGACUAGUAACUUUCCAGGACAAAUUAGGAAUUCGUAAUUGGGCAUUGUAAAGAGUCUUAAGUCGUAUCCGAAUCGGCAGCUUUGGCUACAGCUAUGGCUGUCGCUGAGGACGUCUUUCACUCUAUCGCAUGGCAUCAUGGCGAUCCAGCCGUAGCUUACUGUAGCUAUCAAUUUGGACACGGCGUUAUAACAUCAUGCUCCGAGUGCCCGACUAAUGAUUUCAUAAUUAUAGGUGGGCCAUUCCCCCAAGUUGAGACACAUUGUGAUUUGUGUGCAAUAUUAUGAAAACAAAUCAUUUAUUUGGCCCAUUUACUUCACGUUACAUUCUCCUUUAAGUGUGAAAAUGUUUGAUGAAAUAUUAAUGGUUUAUUUUUUUUGAAAAAUGUGUGACUUGGAUGUUACAUCCAGUUGUUUUUGUUCUUCAAAUUGUUGGACACAUCAUUGUGCAAACUCACUUCUUGCACUAAUUACAAGGAACAAAUUGUACCAGGCAAAACCGUUUUUGAUGCACACGUCAUACAAAUAUCACAAAGUGUUUUCCAACUUGGUUGAAUGACCAAUCAUAGACUUUUGAUUUUCUUCAUUUCCGUUUGGGCGUUAACCUGUUUAUUGCAGCUCGGGUCAGCUUAGGCCUAUUUAUACUCCCGCGUUUGUUGUGAUGAUGCAAUGUAA